AUGACUGCUACGUUGAAUGGGAUGUAUAAUACGACCCCAGAUACUCCGUCCCCUAUCUAUCCGGAUAGGCUGAUCCGCCCCCUUCCCAAACGAACCCUGCGCUCUCGUCUGUCCUCCGAUGCGGCCGAUUCAAUCCUAUUCCCUCCGACGCCCUCGGCGACUCACCUGUUCUAUGGUGCGGAUACGGGGGAGGUGGUGAACGACUCCAAAAUAUAUGUGCAGGAGAGCGAUAGCCAUGAUCCCGAGCGUGAUCGCCGUCACCCUUAUGCGAAUGGCGCUCGUCUCGAGAGCGACGAGGACGACGGUCCCGUCGUGGUUCGUCGUAGUGCCGGUUUCCGCGGGUCGUCCCUGUCGCCCUCUACGCAACCCCAACUGCUCCCUAGCAACGGGGAGGCACCACCCACCAAAUCAUCUUCGGCAGGACCCGACGGGUACGAUGCCUUCGAGAACACUAACAAUAAGAAGAAACGCAAGAUUCCCACGCCGGGAAGCUUGGGGGGUCAUCACUCCACAUUAUCGCCCGAAUUCUCCAGCAUGGGUUUGGCAAACUCCUCCCAACCUUUGUCGAGUGCGUCGGGGGAAGGAAGCCAUGUAAGUACCUUCUAUGGGACCGGAAGUCCGGCAUCUCCGGUCGCCAGUGGGAACUCGAGUUCUGGAAGAGGUCGCCUGGCGCGCUAUCCACUACCUCGCAUGGGCCCGGGGAGAGCCCCGCCGCCACUGCAUUCCCCGGGCAGUUGGCCUCAUGGUCGAGCCCCAGUUCGUCGCGACGGUCUUCUGUCCUCUCCAGGACCUGCAGGCGAUUCGGCUGCCCACUCCGACCAGGGGAUUAUCUCCGCGGCCAUAGCCAGUGCUGCCGCAAAUGCAUUCUCCUCGUCUCCUCGAGGCUCGGGAAGUGUCAGUAUGCUCGAGCAGCAAGCCACCACUCCCACCAAGACCCAAUUCACCUUCACCUGCGAGUCCGACUCAUCCAGAGGGAUGGCAUUACAGACGCAGAACACGUACCAAGUACAGCACCGUUCCUCCAGCUCCCUCCCUGCGGCACCGCAGAACCAGAGAGCAAGCUCCACGCAAGGAACGCAGACAAGCCCGCGGAUCGCCCCGCAGAUGAACUCGCCUGCCCCAGGAGCGGAACCCCCUGCUGCUGGCCGGAAGAAGAAGCGGUCACCGGGCAGCAUGUACGCUUUGGCGGCUCGUCAGCGGAAGAUACGGCAGCAGUAUUCCAACCUCCAUCAUCCGCCGAGUCUGGAAGAUAUUUGGAUUUGUGAGUUCUGCGAGUACGAGAGCAUCUUCGGGCGUCCUCCCGAGGCAUUGAUCCGACAGUACGAGAUCAAGGACCGCAAGGAGCGGAAGCGGUUGGCGGAGAAGAAGAGACUUCUGGAGAAAGCCAAGAUGAAGGGACGCAAGAACAAGAAGGCGACGAAGAACGCCGCCAAGAACGCUGUCUCACAGCAAGCGACGUAUGAACAAGGAUACGAUCGGGCGUCAGCCGACCGCUCUCCGACAGGGGGAACUGGAUUUCAUGACGAUGACGACUACUUAGCCCAUGAUGACGACGAUGAACAGGCUUCCGUACCGCCUGGACCGCCGCCAGGCUCGUUCAAGACGCCAUUGCCGCACGGGCAUCCGCCAACUGUACCCCCUGGCGCCAAAGAUGCGGCAGACGAGACGAGUCGACCGCCCUGA